AUGCCAGACAGCCCUACUUCGAAUGGCUCACGUACGAGCUUUGCAGGUCCUCGUGCUGACACCAAUGUAGACAUUGGCGCCCACGGCGUUCCUAUCGUAACAAUCCGUUCGCCCCAAUUGACUGGCUCCAUCCACUCGGAGCCGGAGGAGAGUGCAUGGUCCCAUGCAUUUGGCUCCAUUGCCGUUGAUGCACCCGAACCAUCCGGCCGUCACAAUCAAGAGUGCCCAGACACGGAGGGAGGACCGCUUACCGACCCACCGAAUGCGGACGCACAAGAGGCAGAGCCAGUCCAGCCGCAUGCCGAGGCGGUGCCUCCCUCUGAGGCAAGCACUGAUCCCAGCGAGGCACUACCCUCGUUGCGAUCGAUAUUUUGUGCGCUAGUCAACCGGAUACGCGAAUCGUUUGCCUCGGCACCAACCGGGGAAGAGCCGAUCGUGCUGACGCCUGAUAACGACGCCACCACCGCACCGCCUUUGGACCGUGAAGCUACGGCGCCCUCUGUAGCCGAGCAUGGCAUGCAAGAGGAAACGGAUGCAGGAGAGCGCGAUACUCCUGCUAUGCCCCCCACGACCGAGGCAGAAACGCCCGCGCGUGGCUUGUCCAUCCGUCUCUUGGAUGUCGGCACGAGCCCGCUGCGUCCUGCUCUGCGUCAUCCGUCCUCGGACGAGCAUACAGAGCGCGAUACCCAACCUGCCUCUGAUGCUCCCCCCGAGGCGUCUGCCGAAACGACCGACACCCCCCGUCCUGCCCAGUUCCUCCUCUAUAUUCCCCGUGCCGCAUCGCCGUUUCCCUUUGGGUUUUUGUACGAUGCAGAAUCGAGUAUGGCGUGGCCCAUCCUCGACCAUGACUCGUCCGGCAUUGCCGAUGGGCAGCCGCGGACUGUGCACGUCGUCGGCCUGCCUUUCCACAUGACCUUUGCCUUCCGCAAUGCCGAGCCCGAAGAGCGCCCGGAUCCUGCGCGUGCUGCUUCCUAUGUGAAAUCGCUCGAGCCUGUUGAUGCUGAGCUUCGGCUACGUAUGAGCCGGUUCGGUAUCAGUGACAUUGGCCUCUAUAGCGGCUUUGAUGUCGCCGAUGGGCCCGUGACAGGCUGCGGUAUCUGCCUCGAGCCCUACGCGUCCGACGACCGCCCUGCAUGGUUUGCCGGAGAGGAACAGAGUGCCAAUGAGUCUGUGGUCGUUGUUCCGUGCCACGGCCACCAUACCCUACACCGUGCCUGUCUGCAAGGCUGGCUCGAGAAUACCGCGCCUGGCAAGUGGUCGUGCCCCUUUUGCCGCACCAAUCUCCACAAGUGUGCGGAGGAGAAGGAGCUCGUCUCUCUCCGCGAGCAUGUGCGUGCCAAGGAGCGCACACAAGGCUGGCGCUGCGAUGCGCCGGCCUGUCUCCCCUGCUACGAGGACGAUCCAAGCGCGUCACGCACGAUGGGCAACGUCGGCAUGGAAUGGGUCACGAUGCUGCCGUGUCGCCACGAAGUACACAUGGACUGCCUAUGUACCGGCAUGAGUGUCGAGACCUGCGAGUCACUCGAGGCCGACGACUACGACACGGGCUCCGAGUCCGACUCGGACCUGGACACGCCCUGCGACAUGUCGCUGAGCCACGCGAGUCUCCAGCCGCCCCAGCCGCCCCACGCCUCACCUGUGCCGGAAAAGCACAAUACGGUAGGCAAGUGGGUGACAUGUCCAUCGUGCCGCAAGGACGCCUGGGCGCAGCUGCCCGUGCGGCAGCGCCCGUGGCGCUCCUUGGAGAGUAGUAUACAGAUCCCCAUGUAG